AUGUCGUCGGGAGAAGCCCAGCUCCCACCCCCGCCGAGGGCAGUUCCUCCACCCGCACCCGAACCCGACCCCAUGGCAGCGAUGAAGCUUACCAGGGGGACCUCGUGUGUGCUGUGCCAGCAACGAAAAGUCCGCUGCGACAAGAACAAGCCGUGUGCCAACUGCGUCAAGGCCAGGGUAGAGUGUCGAGUAAUACCACCACAGCCGCCCAGAAGGCGCAAGAAGCGUCUUCAGGAACGCGAUCUCGUCGACCGCCUCAAAAAGUACGAAUCCCUCUUGGCGGAGAAUGGCGUCAAGUUCGACCCCAUCGCCGCCGAGCUCAAGGCCGGCGAUAGGAACUCGACACACCUUGACGACGACCACAUGCUCGACGAGGAUGCCGACCUCGCAAACGACUUUGAGGGGCUAAAGACCUCGCCCGAGGGGAGCACAUCCCCUUCCGUGGCAGGGAGUCGGAGAUCACAAUCCGAUAAGCCAUUUAGCAAAUGGUUUCCCUUUCACAAAGAGUUUCGAGCUAGCGAGGAGCUGUUGCGAGACUCGUCAGAAGACGAGGUUGACGGCUCAACCAUCCAUCACGCCUUUGACAAGAUGUACGAUAACCAGGACGGCUUUCCAUUCAUCGUGGGAAGUCGAAACGCCUCCGUGACGCAUCUCCACCCAUCACCUAUCCAAAUCUUUCAACUGUGGCAAAUCUACAUUAACAACGUCAACCCCUUACUCAAAAUAACGCAUGUGCCAACGGUACAGGGCCUUAUCAUCGAGGCCAGCGCCAACCUCGAAAAGAUCCCAAAGAGCGUCGAGACGCUCAUGUUUGCUAUUUACCUCAUGGCAGUCACCUCCAUGGAAGACGUCGACGUGGCAAAGAUGUUCAACGAGCCAAAGCCUACCGUCCUGUCAAGGUUCCACACCGCACUUCAGCAAGCCUUGGUCAACGCAGGCUUCAUGCGGACCAGUGAUACGAUGGUCCUCCAGGCUUACAUGCUCUACUUGAUUGCCGUUCGCAUGUUUGUCGACCCGCGGCAAAUAUUCUGUCUCGUUGGUAUCGCCGUGAGGAUAGCCCAACGUAUGGGCCUCCACCGCGACGCUGCCGCAUUCGGCCUGUCGCCGUACGAAGUCGAGCAACGCCGGCGGCUGUGGUGGACCAUUGUAGGCUACGACCGCCGGAUAGGAGAGAUGACGGGGUCGACCGUGACGGCCCUGUCUACCGCCGCCGACUGCAAGCUGCCCCUCAACAUCAACGACACAGACCUCCACGUCAACGGCAAGGACGCCCCGACCCCGCAUCAGGGCGUGACGGAGAUGCUCUUCGUCCUCAUCCGGACAGAGCUGGCCAUGGCCAUCAGCAGCGACACCUUGCGCGACGGUCAACGCCACAGCGACAAGGACAAGGACGCCGGCGGCGGCGGAGGCACCGGCACCAGUACCGGCCCCCAAGCCCCGCCGCGGCCCAUCUCAACGGUGCGCAUGGCCGGCCAGGACCAAGUCUACACCCUCGACGGCUUCUUCGCGCACAUUGAAGGCACGUACCUUAAGUGGUGCGACCCCAAGAUCCCACUACACUUCUUCACCCUCACCAUGACGCGACAAUCGCUCUGCAAGAUGCGCGUCAUCUCGUUCCUCGUGCGCAUGGGCAACGGCGAGGCGACGACGCUGGCGGAGCACGAGCGCGACACGCUCUUCCUCGAGGCCGUCCAGAUGAUUGAGUACGACAACGUCGUCCAGGCCGCCGACAGCCUGCAGGGGUACAAGUGGUACACGUACCUCCACUUCCCGUUCCCCGCGUACAUGUUCUUGGUGACGGAGCUGCGGCACAGGUUGACGGGCACCAUGGUCGAGCGCGCGUGGGACGCCAUCGCCGAGAACCACGAGCGGAGGGGUCUGAUGAGCACGCUGCACAGUCCCAUGCACAUUGCGUUUGGCAACCUGUUCAUCAAAGCGUGGGACGCGCACGCGGCUGGGCAGGAGCAGAUUGGGAAGAAGCCGGUGCAGGAGCCCAUGUGGAUCACGAGACUUCGGCAACGGGCGGAGAAGAUGGGGAAGAAGCAGCACGGGGGUGGGGGUGGGGGUGGGGGUGGACGCCGGCCCGGGCCGGAGAUGGGCAUGGGCGGUCCCGGCGUCGGUGUUCCACCAGGCGGCGGCGUUUCGCAGCAGGCGGGUGGCGUGGGCAGGGCAGCGCCGGUGAACAACACCGCGUCGCAGCUCCCGAUGCAGCAGAUUCCGCAAAACAUGAUGAUGACACCGCCGUCCGUGACGGCGGGCACGCCAGUGAUGAACCCGCCUCCGUCCGAGGCCGACGUCAUCGACAUGGACUGGAGCUACCUGAUGCAAGGAUACGACAUGGACACGUACGGGGCCUUUGGAGGCGGUUUCGGUGGGUUUCCCAUGGGCGGGAACGGCAUGGUUGGCGGCGGACCCGGCAUGAUGGGCAACCCGGACGGUAACAACAUGUUUGGAAAUUAG